AUGUCAGAUACAAAAGCUAAGAAGGCGAAAAGUCUCCGACAGAGUGAAAUAAGUCGAAUGGCAGAGCUACUUCUAACAGCACAGCAGGCGGUAAAUGAUCCAGCUAGUCGUGAUUCUUUACAGUUGCGUUAUGGAGAUGUCGAAAGAAUAAGAGAUGAUUUUUUCAAACAUCAUAAUAUUGUAAUUGGGAGUAUUGAUGAUGAGCAGGAAGAAGAUGAGUUCAAAACUCAAGAUCAAAUUCGAACCCAAUUUGAAAACAAGCCAACUUUUUUUCCUACCGAUGGUGAUGUAGGGCUCACGCUUCCAUUCGACGUCCCACUACAUACCUACGAAAGCAACUCAAAGCCAUUUUUCAACGACAAGUCUCUACAACGCGAAGAGCCGCGAUUCUAUGUUGAUGAGAUGAACGUUGAUACAGAAAGUGAGAAAGAAGAAGAACAGGAAGAGGCGGAGUUAGAUUAUCCAGACGAUGAAUCAAUAUUGAAACCACAAGUUAUCCAAGCCUUUGACGAGGAGAAGGGCGAUCUCGACUGGCAUCACGACGUAGACUCAUACGUCCUCGUCGUCAAAAACCUACAGGCACUGGCAAUUCACUCUACAUUUUAUGAGAGCAUGGACGCAAGAAAAGCCAAGAUUUGUCCGCAAAAAAAGGUCACUUCAGCGCUUUUUGGAGACAAUCGAAAAAAAUGGUUGGAAUUCACUCUUGGCAGCGCUUGCGAUCAUCACAUAAAAUGUGUGUUCCAAUACUCCCCUUUUUUGAACGUCAAUGUCGUUCGGCAACUAUUUAUCGAGGAAAUUUUACAAAAAGCUAUCAACGACGCCUUGUUACCAGAAACCAAUACCAUCACCCACGGUUCUGGCGACAAUAAAUUUGGAACCAGAUUGAAAAUCUCAAUAUUCAGGAAGGACUGGCCAGCCGUGGCCCGAGAAGUCGACCGAAUUAUAAAUUCUCGCGUUGGCUACCGACUUCUUCGCAUGUGCAAUGUACAUUAUUAUACAGCACGGCACGGUCAACGCGAGUUUAACUUUGACCAAGCAAAACAUUUUUUGACAAGUAGCAUUGAACCUGGAUUCGAACACAUGUUGGUCGGACUACAGAUGCAUUGCGCUACCCAGAUAUCGUCCAAAGACAGCGGGGCAGUUUUUGUACGACAUGAUAGAAUGGGAAAAUUCAUUGGAAAAAAAUUUACAACCAACACCAGGCCGGCCUUCUUGAAAGGACUCGGACAUACUUAUGGAAACAUCAUUGGCCACAACGACGUUCUCCCCAACGUGACGUAUUUCCAAUCAUUCAAAACCAAAGCCUUUUCUAGCCCCGCUACAUUUCUUCUCGGGCGCGGUAUGAACAAGUUCCAAAAAAAUGCCAUUAAAAACUUCGCAAUAAUUAAGCCAAGAACACUUGCCAACUUAAGAGCAAUGAUAUCUACUAUCGAAUCCUACCAAACUAAUGGAUACCGCCUUCGGAUCGAAACGGUUGAAACUUUCCGAGACCUCAAAAAUUUUAAUAAAGAAUAUUUGCAUUCUGACUCCUUUGUUAAAAAAAGGAUGAAAGUAUUGACGGAAAUGGCCCGGGCAGGGGCAUUGGUACGAUUUUCAGGAUCGAAUUGGCGCAAACAUCUCGAGGCCUGCGGAAUCCUAUAUGACGUCGAACGCGUGCGUGAAACUCUAAAUUUAUUCCAAAGUUUUGAUGAAUCACAAAGACUUCCGACUAUGUCGAUCAAGAAUAUUAUCAUUGGGGACGAGUUCUUGACCGAUGAGAUAGUCAUGGAGGAGAAAGAAAGGGCACGAGCGAUGACCAAGAAAAAUAUACGGCAUAGCGAACGCUUGGAACGUGCAAAUUUUUCAAUGAUUCCUCAAGAAAAUAACGACGAAGAAUAUGCUUCUUCCAAUAAUGGUGGUCCAAUUAUAAUGUCAAGCAUAGAAGUAGUAAAAACCUACGUCUCGAUAAUGCGUAUCACGUAUUUUCUCGAGGGGAGUACCCUAAGAGGUAAAAAACUAGAUUUGGACGUUUUGAAACAUCUACUGGUUAGAAAAAUGCGAGGACAAGUGCAAUGCGUGAAAACAGUUGAUGAACUGUUCAACGAAUUUAUUCCGGUCAUGCGUCCACAGGAGGCAACAAUUCCAGGCGAUAACUUCCAACAUUAUGGAAUCGAAUUGAGAGGUUUUCUUUCUCCAAAAAACGUGGCUGACAAUUUUCUACAUCCAAAAUCAGCAAUUGGGAAUUGGGUUUUAUCUUCAACUCGUGUGAGUUCGGCGAAGUUGAGUGAUAGAAUAUUUUACAAAAAACUAUUGGAUUACAUAAAGAACAAUGUGCCUAUUUAUCCAACACAACCAAAAGAACAAUCUGAACAGAUGCCCGAGGAAGAAAUUAUUCAAACGGAGAAAGAAGACGAAAAUCAACACAAGACCAAUAUCGAAUAUCACGAAAAUCAUCAAGAAGAAUUCUUAGAAGUCCCCGGCCCAUCAAAAUGCCAAGCACAGACAACCUCCGAAAGUGGUUCGCCGAUAAAAAAGCGGAAAAGGGCAAUGCCGCUUAAUGCUAUAGAAAUCAGAACGAUGGUUGAACACUUGGCAAACAAUGUGGCCAACCGCGAACAAAUUUGGAAAUUCGCCAACAUGCCCCCUUCCGUAUUUGAAAUUUUGCAACAUCGUCGAUACGAAAUAUUGUGGCGCAAGGCUAACUUUAUUUUAUACGAGGCAACCGAAGCCUUUUUUGACAAAAAUGAUUGUGACGCUGCUGAGUUGGGUUUAUUUUUGGUUUGCAACAACAAUCAAACAAAUAUGGGCAAAAUUGAGAAAAUUAGAAAAUUUAAUAGUAGCUGGUUGUCUGAAUCUUGGGCUAAAGGUUGGCUUGUAGAUCCAGGUCCAGCCAAAUGUGGAGAAGCCUUUUGUAAAAUAUGCAAAAGUACAAUUAGAGCCCACAAAGCCGAUUUAAUUCGCCAUACCAAGUCAAAACUCCAUUUGAGCGAAUGUUCAAAAAUAAAUGUAAGACGAGAACAUCAAAUAACAAAACACAUCACUGUUAUUUCAUCCGAAGCCAAAAUUAAGGACCUCAUCAUAGCUGCGCAUAUUGCUUGUCAUUCAUCAAUUACAUCUGUCGAUCACUUAGGUGAAUUGUUGAAUAAUUUAAAAAUAACUUCAAAAAAUAAUUCAAUUCGGCAGCACCGUACAAAAUGUACAGCCUUAAUAAAAAAUGUUAUAUAUCCGUCCUUGUUAGAAGAUCUCUUGGAAGAUGUUGGUGAUGCAAAGAUAACUUCUAUUUAUGGAAUAAAUGGAGACCAGGAAAUUGCAGAGAAGGCGGAAAAUCAAGAAAGUGGGGUUUCAACUAAUAGUAAACAAGCUAGUGAUAGUAGUGGUCGAGUAGCAAUUCCAUUUGAAUUUGAAUUGAACAAAAUAGCAAGUAUAGAAGAUUCCAUCGAGCCAGAGGUGACCGGCACUGCCAGUGACAUUAUUACUAACAAACGAAAAUCUUUGCAAAGUCAAUUAUCAGAGCGAUCAGCACCAGCAUUACUGAAUUCAGCAUCUAUCUCGGCAUCCACCUCAGAAAAUCCAGUAACUCCGAAACUGAAUAAGAAGAAAUUGAGAGCAAUUGCUCUUAUUCUGUAUAGAGGUUUCAAAGAAUUGAAUUAUUUCCCGAUAGAAAUUGCAGACGUUUUCAUGGAAAGUGUGAUUCCCUAUAGAAGAUUAAGCAACCUAAGGAAAUCAUUUUUAUCCUACCUGAGUGCAGAUGAUAAAGCCGUUCUGAAGGAGGCGAUAACGCAGUUUGAUCAAGUUGAUCAAGACGCACUUCUAGAUGUUCUUGGAGAUUUGGGCUGUAAGGUUCAGCCGACUAGUGAAUUUUUUUUAAAAGUAUUGGAUGAGUUGGCUCAUAAAGGAUUGAUUCAGAAGACAACAUUCAGAAUUAAUUCAUGGAGUACUGUACUGAGAAACUUUAUUUCUGAUAAUAAAUUGUUGGAAAUUUACAAGAACAAACGUAUAAAUUCCAGAAAUAUUUUAUCUUCAAUUUCACCUAAUAGUUCCCAAACUGUGAAAACAGACAAAAAUAUUACAUACGGGUAUUUGAAAAAAUUUAGAGAAGAGAGCUCCGUAGAUACCCUCAAAAAAAUUGUGUGGUUUUGCACAGGUGCAGAUGAUAUCAUUGGAAAGCAGAUUAGGACUGAUUUCAAUGAUAAAGAGGGUUUAUCCAAAAUACCCCAAGCACAUACUUGCUCAUGCUUACUCGAACAUCCUGUAAUUUAUAAUGAUUAUCCGAACUUAGAUCUGACUCUAAUUCUCUGCUCAAUAAUACAGAAUGGACCAUUAACUUGUGUGAAAAUGUACGCAGAAAUUCACAAUGAAAUUAUUACAAAUAAAUUCGCUACCCAUCUGCAAGAAAAGCAGAACUUUGAAAAUAUAUGGCAAUACUUAGCAAAUAAAUUGAUUUCAUUGGGCCAAGGCAAAAGAAGUGUAGAAGAGUGGAAGAAAACCUUGGCAGAGUGGAAGUCAAAAACAAAAAAAAAAGGCAAGUCAAAAUUGCAAACUAUUUACAAAAACUGGAGGAGGCCCAGUAGAUACAACAGCAUUAGCAGUUUGAAGGAAAAAUUAAUUCCAUUAUGGGCCAAACAGCAAUUUUUGGAGAUGAUAGUGCUUCGGAAAGAGGAAUCAAGGGAAAAAAAUCCUGAUGUAGAAGAAGUCAGUGCUGUGGCCGAAGAAGAAAUCCUUGAUCAAUUGGUGGAUGUUACAGCAGACCCCAUGCUUGUGCUUGAGGAUCAUACCUUUACCUAUGAUAAAAUUCAGGAAGUCCAAGGUUCCACAGCAAAGAUUGAUGUGGAAGCUGUUUACCCAGAAAGAUCCUCCGAAACCACAGGAAUUCUGCCCAAUAUUUUGGUCCUCAAUUCGAGCCGGAUAUUUAUUAUCAGUAUUAUCAUCUUCAUAUUUGAGGAUGCUGAGCUAAGAAUGGCCAUUGACUCUUUUGACUAUGAUGAUAAUAUGGAAAGAAUGGAAAGCACUACUGAAAAUAGCCAGGCUGGUACAAGUGGAACUGAAAACCAGAGUUCAAAUAAUCAGGAGGAUGAGAAAGAGAUUAUUUUGAUGGUGCCAGAAUAUUUAAAAUUUAUAUGA